CUGACCUACCUGGUGGUCUGGGUGUUCCUGGUGAAGAAGGGUUACCAAGACACCGACACGUCCCUGCAGAGCAGCAUCGUCACGAAAGUCAAGGGUGUGACCUUUACCAACACCUCUGAGCUCGGGGAGCGACUCUGGGAUGUUGUUGACUACGUCAUCCCACCCCAGGGAGAGAACGUCUUCUUCGUAGUCACCAACUUGAUCGUGACCCCCAACCAGCGGCAGGAAACCUGUGCUGAGAGUGAAAGCAUUCCAGAUGCCUUGUGCUAUACGGACAGCGACUGCCCUUCUGGGGAGCCUGUUGUGGCUGGAAAUGGAGUGAGGACUGGCCGCUGCCUUCGGGUGGGGAACACGCGAAGGGGCACCUGCGAGAUCUUCGCCUGGUGCCCGGUGGAGACAAAGUCCAGGCCAGCGAAGCCACUCCUGGGCAAGGCUGAAGACUUCACCGUUUACAUAAAGAACUUCAUUCGUUUCCCCAAAUUCAACUUUUCCAAGACCAAUGUGCUGGACACCAAAGACAGAGAUUUCCUGAAGUCCUGUCAUUUUGGUCCCAAGAACCCCUACUGCCCCAUCUUUCGACUGGGGUCUGUGGUCAGUUGGACAGGGAGCAACUUCCAGGAGAUAGCCCUGCAGGGUGGCGUGAUAGGAAUUCAGAUCGAAUGGGACUGUGAUCUUGAUAAAGCUUCUUCUGAAUGCAACCCUCACUAUUCUUUUAGCCGUCUGGACAACAAAUUUUCAGAAAACUCAAUCUCCUCUGGGUACAACUUCAGGUUUGCCAAAUAUUACCGAGAUGGAGCUGGAGUGGAGUUCCGCACCCUUGUGAAGGCCUAUGGGAUCCGCUUCGAUGUGAUGGUGAACGGCAAGGCAGGGAAGUUCAACAUCAUCCCCACAAUCAUCAACAUUGGCUCUGGGUUGGCACUCUUGGGUGCUGGAGCUUUCUUCUGUGACCUGGUACUUAUCUACCUCAUCAAGAAGAGCCACUUUUACCGAGACAAGAAGUACGAGGAAGUGAGGUCUGGCCGCGUGGGGGAUGGAAAGGUGAAUGUGGAGCAGCUACAGAACCUGCAGACUGCGGAGGCAUAGCCAGAGGUGUUCGCCGAGAGCAGAUUUGGUGAAGAUGUUGGGGCAGAACUGCCCUCCGCUCUGAACUGAAAAUUGUCUUUGUGUUUGCAUGGGUCGUGUGCUUCCGGGCACAGCCAUCUCUUCCACACCUUGAGAUCUAAUGACAAGCUUUUCGUUUUGUGUCAGGGGAGGGGAGCCUCCUAGUGGCCAGUGCGGCUCGUAUCUAGAAGGGAAGGACUUGGACAGGGAAGUGGGGAAGGCCAGCGGCCUGAGUGGUACUCAAGAGUGUUUUAUAUUUCUGAGAACUUAGUUCAUUCAUUCAUUCAUGCAUUCACACAGUAAACACUAUGUGCUGUGGGCUGUGCCCUAUCCAAGAGAUGCUUAAACGAGGCACUCACCGGGCCUUGGGUCGGGGAGCACACGUGUAAUUCCUUCUAGAACCAACAGACAGCGCAGCCAGGCUUAGCCACUCUGGCCUUCCUCCAGCCUCUAGCCGAGACUUUCACAAAUCCCUGUUGAAAAUGAUGGCUCCUCAGAGAAAGACUUUGGCCAACAUCCAAGGGGACGUCUGGCGUUGCCCUCAGGGAUAAAUUCUAGGUGGCCAAGCAAGCAACCAGGAAAGGACUGGCCCUGUAAAGAGGCAGCUAGCCCUUGAGGGCUCUGAGGCAGCCUCUGCGGGUUUCCAGGUAGGGUGGGGAAGGAAGGGGAGGCAGCAAGGCCUCUGCUCCUGUCUCCCUGCCCAGCCUCAGGAAGCUCUGGGCAGAGUGCCUUACCCAGAUGGGAGAGCAUCUGCCGGCGCUGGUUCUCCCUCGCGGUUCUGUGGGGCUGGGUGUCCCCUCCCGGCUUCCCUCCCUUUCUCCUCCAAGGCUGCAUCUGAGGGCUGAGGGGUAGAAUAGGUGGCGCUCACCUGGCAGGUGGAGCACUUGUUAACAGGGAGGCCAAAGCUGUUAGAGAGGGCCCUGCCCCUCACCCUGCCGACUCCCCCCCAGCCCCACACUGCCGACCCGGCUGUCCCCCUCCCCCUCCCUCGCCUGGGGACCAGCGGCAGCAGCAUCCCCUGGGAGCUUGUUGGAAACGUGGUCUCUGCCCCCUCCUAAAUCAGAACCUGUGUUUCAACAAGACUCUAGGUGAUUCGUCUGAACAUUCAUGUGGAAGAGCACAGGUUAAGGAGAAAUGCAAAGUCUGGUUCUGAGAGAGGAAAAGGCCAGCUUUGGCAGCUGGUACGGAUUUUAGGCCAGAUUUACACACAUUCUCCUUUGAGAGCGAGAGGAUUCUUCCCAACCCCCACCCCCAGGAAAGUGACAUUAUGCUCAAUGUAUUUAAAUUAAAAUAUUUUGACUAGAUAAUACUUAUAUGAUUCAAAAACCAAAAGGUACAAAAGAAUAAACAGUGAAAAGCUUCCCUCCCACCCCCGUUCCCCAAGGCAACGUUACUGAUUCCAAGAGGCUCCGCCGUUUUGUUGAGAAUCUACUUGGUUACUUGUGCUUUCCCUCAGGAAAUGAACUUUUCCCGAUGGCAAAGUCAGAUCGAGUCCCCUCUGUGAGAAAGGGACGCGAUGGGGUACGCUCAAGCACAGGGCUGGGAGUCGGCUGGCUCCCUUCUCCCUCUCGCUUGCUGAGGAGCCCCUGUGUGAACCCGAGGGCACAGACCUAUGCUCCUAACUGGUGUCUGCUCUGCCCCGCAGCAAAGGCCUGCGGGCCGCCUGGGGCCCAGCAAGCUCCAUGCUUUGCUUGCCCAGCCCCCAGGCGCCAAGGACUGUCCCCUCUGGAAGUGCUCUCUGGGCCUCCCUCAGGUCCGAAGGCUGGAAGCAUCCUGCCACCUGGGAAGCCUGCUCCUUCUAGAUAGCGCAAACAGCUCCUUCACUCUGGGCUGGUUACCUGUCACCCACCCCGCCUGCUCUCUGAACACAAAAACUCCGGGUGAUCCACUAGGGCUAGCUCCGCCACCACAGCAAAGCUAGGAUUUGAUUGAUAUACUUUCAUGUUUGGGAGGAAGCAAAAAGGGCAGGGGUCAUGGCUGCUCCGGAGUUGUUCUGGUUUCUUGUAACCUGUUUUUGGAAUCGGGUUCCCGCAGCCACAUCAGCUGGGGAAACCGUCCUGUUCGUCUUACACUGGAAUGGAAGUGUCUCCCUACAGUUUUCAUUCAGUUGGUAAAUAUGUACUGAGUGCCUGUUGUCAGGUGAUGGACUAAAUCUGGUAACAGUUGUGAGAGACACAGAGACUGUCCCUGCCCAAGUGCUUACAGUCUAGGAGGUGGCCCUUAAUCAGUGGUCACACGCAGAAUCACAAGCUGAAUCUUCAGUGAGGAGUAGCCAGAGGGCCCCCUCAGGACGGGACGUAGAAGCCGAAAUCUGAGAGCAGUGUAACUAGCUGGUGGGGGAAGCGGCCCAGGCGAGGCAACCAAAGUGCGAAAUAAAUGCCUUGACCUGAGGAGUAAGUGGGGAGCUGGGUGGGGACAGUGUGCCUGAAGCUGGUUUCCUGAGGCUUCCUCUCCAUCAACUGUCUUUAAUAUUAAGGGCUGCGCCAUUAAACGUCACUGCCACAGAGGGACUUAACCCAAUGGUUUCAACUCCAGCCACGCUUCCCAGGUGGCCUCCCCUACAUGUCACAGGCCUCGUGCUCAGAACGGCCAGUGACCCCAUCACAGCUUCUGCAUAGCGCCGCACACUGCCAGUUUCCUCGCUUUUGCACAGCCCCUCGCUACCCCCUUUUUUUUUUUUUUUUGCAUAAUCUUGGUGGAUGAGUGGGAGGUUCAUAAAUCUUCUAGAAACUGGCUUUGAAAUGGGAAGUGAAGUGGGAACUCGGCUCCACUUGGAAGAGCCCCUUUCCCUCAGGGCACCGGCUGCCUCAGCAGGUAGAUGAGGGUGUCCGCCUCUCCAGAGCUCCUUUCCAGGCGGACAUUACAGGAUCACUUGAACCCUCUAUGCUUACCUUCAGGCCGUGGCCUAAGGCCAUCUACCUAGUAGUUUCGUGCUGAUUAAUUCCAUGCUUUGGGAGUGCCAUGAUGCCGGCUAGCGGGAUUUGUAAACUGGGUGCUACCAACGUGCCAUCAAGAGGACCAGCGAUGAAAGAGCUGAGUGCCCUCUACUCCUGAUGCAGGGGUCACCAGGACUGACCAGUCAUGGCUGCCUUGUUGCCACCACCCCAUCAGCUCUUUCUCCGUGGCUGGCUCCGCACUGGGGGGGCCGUUGUCAAGGGGGAACAUGACUUCCUCCAGGUGUCUAAGCACCCCAGCUAUGGACUACAGCGCCCCGCAGGGUCCCUAAGUCACCCCACUUGAAAUGGCAUCUUGUGUAUUUGGAAGGGGCUCCACCUGGUUGCUACCCUCUCCUCCACCCAAAUGAUGCAGCUUUUCUCAGAGCACAGUCUCCAGUGGAUGCGAGAGCACGGUCUCCAAACGGCACAGCUUUCUCCCAGCUCUGUUUCCCCUUAGGCCAGUGCACAGAAGGAAAGGGGGAAAGAUGGCAACCAGUACCUGGGACCUGCCCUGUAAACGUAUUGAUAUUUUUAUUUGGUUAUAAAACAAUAAAAGGUUUUAACUGUAAA